AUGAUUUUCUGGCUCAUUUUUGCUCCCCUACAAAUUUUUGCGGCACAGAAUCAGAAUUAUCAGGAAAAUGAUCCCAAUUUGGAGUUUGUGCAAGUUGUGAGUUGAAAAUUGGGAAUUUUCAGAGAAAUUCACGUUUUUUGACACCGAAUAUGAUUUUUUUGGUGGAAAAUUUGAAUUUAGCGGUGAAAUUGAGCGUGGCCGAAGUUUUGGGAAUCCUAGGCCAUGUGGAUUUCUGAUGGGGGAAAAUUGGGAAAAAUUCAAAAAUCCCGAUUUUCGCGCUUGAAAACCAUGUGGCCGAAGUUUUGGGAAUCCUAGGCCAUGUGGAUUUUUGGUGGGAAAAUUGAGAAAUUCAAAUUUUCUUUGGAAAAAUUCAAAAAUCCCGAUUUUCGCGCUUGAAAACCACGUGGCCGAAGUUUUUGGAAUCCUAGGCCAUGUGGAUUUUUAGCUGGAAAAUUCAAAUUUGGUAUCAAAAAUCGUCAUUUUUCCCGCCAAAUUCGAAUUUUUCGUCAGAUUUGGCGCCACGGUGACCGUACACCCGGCGAAUUAUUGCACCCAAGUGAUAUUUCAAAAUGGCCGCAAGGAAUUGGCGAAUUAACCGAACAAGGCAUUCAACAACAAUUUCGAUUGGGAAAAUGGUUGAAUUCGAGAUACGCGAAGUGGAUUGGUGAUUUGGAGAUGAAUUUAGAGAAGGUGAGUGUGGAAAAUUUGAAUUCGCCGCCAAAUUUCACGCAUUUUGACACCAAACACGAUAUUUUUUGAAUUUCCCGCCGAAAAUCAACGCGGCCGAGUUUGUGCAAAACCUAGGCCACCCUGUUUUUCCCGCCAAAUUCGAAAAAUUUCAGAUCUACAUUCGAAGUUCGGACUACAAUCGAACACUGAUGUCGGCGCAAGCAAAUAUGGCGGGAUUUUUCCCGCCAAAAACCGGCAUUGCUCAUAAUAUACAGUGGCGACCGAUUCCGAUUCAUACAAUGCCAAGGGAGCAGGACAAGGUAUACGGUGGAUUUUUGGCGGGAAAAUUUGAUGCAUUUUGAUACUAAUUAAGCCUGGAAUUAAUGAUAGGGUAAUUAGGGGUAAUUAAGGCUAAUUAACAUCCAAAAAUCCUAAAUUGUUAACCCAAAAUUGACCUAAAUUUAAUUUAAGCACUAAAUUUAGUGAAUUUUGAUACUAAUUAAGCCGGGAAUUAAUUAUAGGGUAAUUAAGGGUAAUUAACAUCCAAAAAAUCCCGAAUUUUAACCCAAAAUUCAUUUAAAUUUGAUUUUAGCACUAAAUUUAGUGCAUUUUGAUACCAAACAAGCUUAUUUUCAAAUUUAGGGUAAUUAGGGGUAAUUAAGGCUAAUUAACAUCCAAAAAUCCUAAAUUGUUAACCCAAAAUUGACCUAAAUUUAAUUUAAGCACUAAAUUUAGUGAAUUUUGAUACUAAUUAAGCCGGGAAUUAAUUAUAGGGUAAUUAAGGGUAAUUAACAUCCAAAAAUCCCGAAUUUUAACCCAAAAUUCAUUUAAAUUUGAUUUUAGCACUAAAUUUAGUGCAUUUUGAUACCAAACAAGCUUAUUUUCAAAUUUAGGGUAAUUAGGGGUAAUUAAGGCUAAUUAACAUCCGGAAAUCCCGAAUUAGGGUAAUUAACCCUAAUUAAUACCCUAAUUAACCUCAAAAUUUAAUUACAGGAACUCUACGAGAGCAUAAAAUGUCCAGUUGCCGAAAAAGAGCUCGAAAAUCAAUGGAAAUCCCCAAAAGCCCUUAACAUCCUUAAGGAAUUUAACGGGGAAUUAGCGAUAAUUAGGCGGAAUUUGGGAGAAAUGGUGGGUAUUCGUGACAUUUGGCGGGUUUUUGAUAAUUUUUGGUGUGAAAAAUGCAACCGGAUUGCGUGGCCCACGUGGAUGAAUGACACCGUGUUUGAGAGAUUGGAGAUGUUGUAUCACCGAAUAUCGAUGUUGGAAUAUGAGACGGAGGUGCUGAGAAGAUUACGGGGAGGUUUGUAGAGGGGCAUUUCUGGAUUCAGCGGGAAAUUUGACGCAGAAUGAUACCAAACAUGAUAUAUUUUGAUACUAAUUAAGAUUAGGGGUAAUUAAGGGUAAUUAAGAGGUAAUUAAGGUGAUUUUUCAUGAAUUUUCACGUUUUUUAACACCAAAUAUGAUAUACUUCGCGAUUUUUCUUCACUAAUUAGGGUAAGGGGUAAUUAAGAGGUAAUUAACUCGUUUUUUCCAUGAAAUUUCACGUUUUUUGACCCUUAACAUGAUAUUUUUGCGAUUUUUCUUCACUAAUUAGGAUUAGGGGUAAUUAAGGGUAAUUAACUAGAUUUUUGAUGAAAUUUCACGUUUUUUGACACCAAAUAUGAUGUAUUUUGAUACUAAUUAAGAUAAGGGUAAUUAGGGGUAAUUAAGAGGUAAUUAAGGUUAUUUUUCAUGAAAUUUCACGUUUUUUGACACCAAAUAUGAUAUAUUUUGAUACUAAUUAAGAUUAGGGGUAAUUAGGGGUAAUUAAGGUGAUUUUUCAUGAAAUUUCACGUUUUUUGACACCAAACAUGAUAUAUUUUGAUAUUAAUUGAGAUUAGGGGUAAUUAAGGGUAAUUAAGAGGUAAUUAACUAGAUUUUUCAUGAAAUUUCACGUUUUUUGACCCUAAACAUGAUAUUUUUUGCGAUUUUUCUUCACUAAUUAGGUUUAGGUGUAAUUAAGGGUACUUAAGAGGUAAUUAAGCUGAUUUUUCACAAAAUUUCACGUUUUUUGACACCAAAUAUGAUAUAUUUUGAUACUAAUUAACAUAAUGGGUAAUUAAGGGUAAUUAAGAGGUAAUUAAGCUGAUUUUUCAGGAAAUUUCACGUUUUUUGACACCAAAAAUGAUAUAUUUUGCGAUUUUUCUCCACUAAUUAGGGUUUAGGCUAAUUAAAAACUAAUUAACCCCCAAAAACCCUUAAUUUUUCUCACAGGAACUCUACUCUCCGAAAUAAUGACCAGAUUUCAACAAAAACCCCCGAACAAUCUGAAAUUCUACGCCUAUUCUGCUCACGAUUCCACAAUCGCCGCACUUCUCUCAACUCUCGGCAUAAAAUUCGAAACAUUUCCCAAAUAUGCCACGUGUCUCAUGCUGGAAAUGCACAAAUCUGGAAAUUUGUCUGAAAAUUCGCCAAUUUUGCGCGUUUUUCAUAAGAAUGAGACGGAUUCCGAGCGGGUUUUUGAGAUUUUUGUACCCGGAUGCGGUGAAAUACCGUGUAGAAUAGAGAGGGUGCAGAGUUUGAUGAGGAAAUAUUUUCCCGAAAAUUGGAAGUUGGAGUGUGGAAUUGUGGAGACAAAUGAGACGAUUUAUGUUGGUAAGCGCGCGAUUUUUGAAAUUUUUGAAAAAAAAUUCGAAUUUGGCAUGAAAAUCCACGUUUUUAGACACCCCACAAGCCUAUAUUCAAUUUCAGCAUGAUUUUUUGAGCUGAAAUUAAUUUCAGCCGCGAAAAUCCACGUUUUUAGAGACACCCCACAAGCCUAGGCCUCAAAAACAUGCUCAUGGCCGAGUUUUUGGAAAAGUUCGGCCACCUGCAUGUUUUUCGGCCUCCAAAAUUGAACCUGGUAUCAAAAAACGUGGAUUUUCGCCACAAAUUCGCUGAAAAUCCCCAUUUUCAGCCACAAUUUUCGUGCUCAUUUUCACCACAUGUCUUUCAACAACAUUAUUAUUGCUGGAUCGGCUCAAACUCAAAUUUCGUCGGAAAAAAUCGAAGAGAGCCUCAGCGGAUGCGAUUCCGAUGUUGGAAGAAGAAGAAAUCGAUUCGGAUGAGGAGAUUUGA